AUGGGCUACGCCUUCGACAAAUGUAAAGAAAGGCCGGCUCUGAUUGACGAGAUCCUCAACGGCUUGAACCGCUACAACCCUGAGACGACGACCACGUUUCAGGAAUACGUCAAUCAGCAAUGCGAGGAGAAGUUUUUUGAUGCAUAUGCAUGCCUGGCAUUGCUCAAACUAUACCAAUUUAAUCCUCAACUCCUCCACCCUGAGACCGUGACAAACAUCCUUGUCAAGGCGCUGACAGUGUUUCCUUCGCCCUCAUUUUCCCUCUGCCUUGCUCUUCUCCCUCCCUCGACAAUUCCCUACAGCCCGGGUAACACCUCGAUCCCCACCACCGACCUCACCGAGUCAAUACAAAAGCUCACCCGGCUGAACACGCUGCUGGAGUCGGCGCAGUAUGAGGCUUUCUGGUCUACAUUGGAGUCAGACGAUCUUUACUCAGACCUCUACGCCGAUGUCGUCGGAUUCGAAGACCUGGUGCGGAUACGAAUUGCUGGAGAGGUGGGAAAGACCUUCCGACAAAUCGACCUGGGAGUCCUGAGCGGGUGGCUGGAUUUGAGAGGAGAUGCGUUGACAAAGUUCGCCCAGACUGCCUGUGGAUGGAGAGUUGCGGGACAGAAGGUGGACAUUCCGGCGAACGCAGAAAACGAAGCCAAGAGCGAAACCAAGGGUGAAAGAGUUGGAGUUGAUAUGUUUGGCCGAGUGUUCAGGAGAGGUUAUGAGGCGCCCGCCUGA